AAAAUGUCAACCGAAAUGGCGCCUUCUUUUCAUUAAAGUACGCCGCACGUUGAUCCUGUUGAAAAUCAUCAAAAACUGAUAUUUUAAGUAAUUUAAUGCAAAAUGGCAAGUAUAAAUCUGGACAAGGAGACUUUGCAUAGGCGCCUAAAAAGACUAUACGCAGCCUGGAAGGAUUCGGAUGGUGAAAAUGGCUUCUCGAAAAUGGACGCUUUGGUAGCCGCUGUGGGUAAGGACGAUGAUAUUGUUUACAGCAAAUCUAGUGCCUUGCAUACAUGGCUUUUGGGCUACGAACUCACUGAAACAAUAAUAGUACUUACUGAGGAUAAAGUCCAUUGCUUAGGCAGCAAAAAAAAGAUAGAAUUCCUCAAACAAGGCGAGAGCAAGGAUGAGAAUCACAUAAAACUCAAUUUGAUUGUUAGAGAGAAGGAUAAAGACAAUGAAAACUUUAAGACGCUCAUUAAAGCUAUAAAAGCAAGCAAAAACGGCAAAGUCGUUGGCUAUUUUCCUAAAGAUAAUUAUCAAAGUCCUUUGUUGGAUGGUUUCAAAGCUGCUCUCAAAGAAGAAAACUUUGAAAUGUUCGACGCUAAUGCUCCUAUAGCAUAUUUAAUGGCCCCCAAAGAAGAUUCAGAAGUUACAAGCCUCAGAAAAGCAUCUGUAGUCUCUGUAGAUGUUUUUACAAAAUACCUGAAAGACCAAAUAAUGGAGAUCAUUGAUGCCGAAAAAAAAGUGAAACACAGUAAACUUGCUGAAGGAGUCGAAUCAGCCAUACAAGACAAAAAAUAUGUGUCGGGAGUAGAUGUAAGUCAAAUAGAUAUGUGCUAUCCAGCAAUUAUUCAGUCAGGAGGCAACUACAGUCUUAAAUACAGUGCUGUAAGUGAUAAAAACAAUUUACAUUUUGGUUCAAUUAUAUGCUUUUUUGGAGCAAGAUAUAAGCUUUAUUGUUCAAAUAUUGCAAGAACCUUACUAGUAAAUCCUACAGAGGAAAUGCAAGGUAACUACAACUUUUUAUUACAACUCGAAGAGGAAUUAUUGAAAAAAAUGCAACCUGGCACAAAACUAUCUGCAGUCUACGAAACUGGCUUAGCUUAUGCCAAAAAAGAAAAACCAAAUUUAGUGGAUAAUUUAACGAAAAAUUUUGGAUUUGCAAUUGGCAUUGAAUUUAAAGAAAGCUCUUUGAUGAUCGGCCCUAAAACACAUGCUGUCCUAAAAAAAGGCAUGGCGUUUAACUUAAACUUGGGCCUUACUAAUUUAACUAACAAAGAUGCCACUGAAAAAGAAGCAAAAGUAUAUGCCCUCUUCAUAGGGGACACCGUUUUGAUAAAUGAUGGCCAACCAGCAAGUAUUUUGACCAACAGCAAGAAGAAAAUGAAAAAUAUUGGUAUUUUCCUUAAAGAUGAUUCGGAAGAAGAAGAGAAUGAUGAGGAAAAAGAAAAUACACCUAAACCUGAAGUAUUAGCAGGCAGAGCCAGACGCACUGCUGUUUUAGAAUCUAAAUUAAGAACAGAACAUACUUCAGAAGAAAAAAGAAAAGAACAUCAAAGAGAAUUGGCACUUCAACUAAACGAAAAAGCAAAAGAACGUCUGGCUAAACAAAGCGGAGGAAAGGGCGUUGAAAAAGUAAGAAAAAGCACUGUGUCUUAUAAAAAUGUCAACCAGAUGCCCAGGGUUCCAGAAGUGAAAGAAAUGAAAAUAUUUGUAGACCAAAAAUAUGAAACAGUUAUAUUGCCAGUUUAUGGAAUAGCUGUGCCUUUCCAUAUUUCAACAAUCAAGAAUAUUUCUCAGUCGGUUGAAGGCGAUUAUACUUAUCUGCGUAUCAACUUUUUCCAUCCUGGAUCUACUAUGGGGAAGGAUGGUAAUUUCCAAAAUCCUGAGGCGACCUUUGUCAAAGAAGUAACAUAUCGCAGUACCAACACUAAAGAGCCAGGUGAAAUUUCACCACCGUCGUCAAACCUAAACACGGCUUUCCGUUUAAUCAAAGAAGUCCAAAGAAAAUUCAAAACCCGCGAAGCAGAAGAAAAAGAAAAAGAGGACUUGGUUAAACAAGACACUUUAGUUUUGUCACAAAACAAGGGAAAUCCCAAACUGAAAGAUCUGUUCAUUAGACCAAAUAUUGUUACCAAAAGAAUGACUGGAAGCUUGGAAGCGCACACAAACGGUUUCCGUUACACUUCAGUCAGAGGAGACAAGGUUGAUAUUUUGUAUAAUAACAUAAAGAAUGCGUUCUUCCAGCCUUGCGACGGAGAAAUGAUAAUUUUGUUACAUUUUCACUUAAAACACGCAAUCAUGUUUGGUAAAAAGAAGCACGUCGAUGUACAAUUCUACACUGAAGUUGGUGAAAUCACAACUGAUUUAGGCAAACACCAGCAUAUGCAUGACAGAGACGAUCUGGCUGCUGAACAAGCAGAAAGAGAACUGAGGCACAAGUUAAAAACUGCUUUCAAGAGCUUCUGCGAAAAAGUCGAAUCCAUGACCAAAACAGAAAUAGAAUUCGAUACUCCAUUCAGAGAAUUAGGAUUUCCAGGUGUGCCAUUCCGUUCCACAGUAUUAUUGCAACCAACUUCUGGAUGUUUAGUCCAUUUAACAGAAUGGCCGCCAUUUGUUAUCACUUUGGAAGAUGUUGAACUGGUGCACUUUGAACGUAUCCAGUUUCACUUGAAAAACUUUGAUAUGGUGUUUGUAUUUAAGGAUUACAAUAGGAAAACGGCCAUGGUGACUGCUAUACCAAUGAACAUGCUGGAUCAUGUCAAGGAAUGGUUGAAUUCGUGUGAUAUUAGGUAUUCUGAGGGAGUUCAAUCACUUAACUGGGUGAAAAUUAUGAAAACUAUUACUGAUGAUCCCGAUGGUUUCUUUGAAAGUGGCGGCUGGACUUUCUUGGACCCUGAAUCUGAUGUAGAAGCUGCACAGGAAGAAGAAUCCGAAGAUGAGGAUGAAGUCUACCACCCAUCUGACUUAGAAUCUGUAUCCGAGGAAAGUGAAGAAGAUUCCGAAUACUCUGAAGGUGAUACUGAUGAAAGUGAUGCAUCUCUUGAUGACGAAUUGGGUUCAGAUGAAGAAUCUGGUAAAGACUGGUCUGAUUUGGAAAGGGAAGCGGCCGAAGAAGACCGUGAAAGAGUUUAUGAUGGAUUUGAAGAUCGCAAAGGUCGACCUGGAGGUGGAGGCGGAAAACCUUUUCCUUCCAAAGAUCGAUCCAAAGAGAAAUCGUCAAGUAAACAUUCCAGCUCCAACAGGAGCGGUUCCAGCAGUAAACACGGUUCCUCGAGCAGACACAGCAGCAGCAGAGAUAAGGAUCGUGACAGAGGUAAAGACAAACACUCUUCAUCUAGUUCAAGACAUAAGUCGUCCUCCAGCAGUUCGCCGUCGAAAAGUCGCCAUAGUUCUUCUAAAGACAAAGAUCGUCACCAUUCUUCGUCUUCUUCUGGCAAGAAGAGGAGCCGCGACGAUAGCGGUAGCGGUGACAGGCACAAGUCAAAGAAAUCCAGAAAGUGAAGGGUUUCGUUUUUCAAUUAAUUUUAGUUAUUGGAAACAUAUUGAUUUUGAAAUGAUUGAUUUCAUUCAUUUUUUUGUGGAUGUUCUCAAUCCACAAAAAUGUAAAUACAACAUACGUUUUAAAAUUAAGGAUGAAUCUCACAUUUCAAAAUUUAUUGUUUUUUUUGUCGUUCAUGUUUCAUUUUUAGAUUUAAGUUUUUUAAUUAGUGCAUACCUUUUAGAGAUUUAAGUUAUUUUGAUAUUUUCUCAAACCAUUGGUUAUUGUUAUAGUUUGAAUACUUUGAAAAUGUAGCCAACAUUUCGCCCUUAUUUUAUUGUUUAUUGAAUUAAAGAUGUAAGUUAUCUC